GUGCUGGUAAAGGAUGUUAUGUUUACUUCGAGUCUCUAUGUGCAACCGCUGACUGCAAAGGCAUGACGAAAAUCGCGUUACCUACUAGCAAAUCCGUGAACUAUCAAACGCCUCAAAAAUCGGAAAAACUUUUGGAAUUUACCGACAGAAUUCUCUACAACAUGAAAUACGGUAUCGUUUUCACGUACGAUGAAAGUGACAACUGCGUGUAUGCUAUGCGUCUCUGUAACAGUAUGGUAUUUAUGUACAGUCCCCAAUUUCAGACCGGACCUGAUUAUCCAAUCAAAUUGCAACGCGGACAUAGAGUCAAAGUUUACGAUUGCAAUGUACACCGAAUGUCGGCAUGUGCAAUAACUGAAGAGACCACGACGAAAUCGGACCCUUGCGUGUUUUUCAGCGUUGCGCAAAAAUGGCGGCCAAUUGUAUUGAACGAAGAUCGAUUUAGUGCGAAUUUUCUCCCUGAAAAUUUACCAUUACACGAUUGUCUUGUCUCGAUUGCUUUAAAAUUACACAUAACUGAGAAUGUUCCUAGAGUUGUUACGCAGAAAAUCACGGAAGGAUCACCUAUACGAAAAGAAUACGACAUCACUGUUUGUGGCUAUAAUGAGCCAAUCAGAGGAAAGGCAGCAUCGGCCGAACGUUUGCAUCAGUUCAUAAAUCAACUUUGUGCCCGAGUUCCUUCGAUGAAAGAGAAACUCAACGAUUUUGAGAGAAGGCUGAUGCAAUUUGAGGCGUCUUCAUCACAUAUCAGAAAUGAAUUCCAUGAGCUCGUGAAAGAGGCUACAGAAAAAUCGACAACGUAGGAGAAAAAUGUCAAGGCCUAUAAAACAGCAAGACACGCACAGAAGCUGGUUUCCUACUAAAUCAAUAAUGGGCUAAUUGUGAUACAAUUUCCGGGAAGUUCACCUUUCCAGCAGAAUAUAAAGCAGUGUAACGCGCAUGUUUUGGCUGCAUUCAAUUGGUGGAUGGGUGAAUACCACACGAUGACUGAACACCUCGCCACCGGCCAAGAUCACUUCGGGAACCUCUCUUUCGGGAAUGCUUUUCAUACAUUUGAAAAUUCACCUUGGACACAAGUCUCAAAUCUAACACCGACUAUUGAGUGGGAUAUGAUGGCACAGGCAAUGGUACAAAAUGAUGAGGAGGAUGACGAUGUCAUUGUGCUAGGUGAAACCAGCGAGCGAGAAUCUACGUUAUGGCCAACUGUACGAGAAGUUUCAGAUGCAGAAUUGAAGUUAACUUUGAAAUACCGAUCGAAUGUGGUGAAAUGUGUCAAUGUGAACAUUAGAAACGGGUUUCGCGUUUGUUACAACCCCGGCCUUAGCUCAGAUCUCAAUGAAGGCCAACUGACUUUCCCCGAGAAAGACGAAAGCUUUUUUGGAGAUUCUGAGUCUAAAACGAGAAGUAAACUUUACAAGCUGACCAGUGAUAUACUAGCAAAGCUUCAAGAUGGUAUUGAAUUCAGCAUAUCUGGUGGAGUUAUCUUUGCCACUCGUCGCUGCCUCGCAAAAUUGUAUUGUUACAGUUCUCAGAUGCACCAUGGUCAGGAUCCGGUUAAGUUGGAACGAAAUGCACCAGUCCCAAUAUACGACUACAAUCGUUUCGAAGACUCACUCAAAGAAUUUUUGAUAAAUCAAUUCGAUCCCGAAGGAAUACGCACGACGUUUCCAAAACCUAAGAUAUUUGUAAGCUGUGCGCAAGCGUGGAAGCCCAUGCACGAUCUUGACCACAUCCUGAACGAGAUGGGUGCCUCAAUACAACCUACCCCGCUCAACGACUGUCUUGUCACCAUGGAGAUUGUGCCCUUAAAGGCAAUAGACUUUAUCAUGUCAGUAUCAGAUAGUCGUGAAAACACAGAGUCAGUAACAAUGAGCUUAAAUUCAGAUCAUCUUCAAAUAUCCAAUUGAAUGAAAAUUCACGGGGAUUCAAAGAUUUAAUUUAGCAAUCUAGUACCCAACAGUCCGGUAGAUUCCGAUCUGUGCAAAAAAAAUCUUACGAUUGGAGGAUAUUAAACCAUAAUGACAAUCUAUAGAGACAAACGUAAUUAAUAUAGCAAAAUUUAAAAGAAAGUAGGUGUAGAUAUCGGGGGAUAUCUACAUCAUACAUUUUAUGUAUUUGAUUAAUUAAUUGAAAAUGUUAAUUGAAUUGAAUUGAAUAUUUACACUGUAAAGUUUUGAACCCAGUUAUCUGUCUUUACGUACGUAUUGGCCUCGUCUGCUUCGAAGUGUGCAUGUUCAAUCAGACGUGUAACCAGUCUUUUUUUUAAAGGUCCAUGGGCGCUGGGAGCCCUUGGGUCCAGGCCGCAUCAACAAGUCCCUCUGGAGCUAAAGCAUUCUUGCAUGAAAUGUUGAUGGUUUUGAUACAAGGGAAGGUUAUGGUUUGGUUUAUCAGAAGGUGUUUGGGCCAAAACGUUGUAAAUUGUGGUGUUUAUAUUUUUUUUAUACCGUAGUAUGAUGAUGAUGGUGAUGAUACUAUUAUUAAUAUUAUUAAUUAUUAUUAUUAUUAUUAUUAUUAUUAUUAUUAAUAUUAUUACGCUUUUGGCCUACUGUACAUAUUAUGUGAAGACAACAAAAGCUUGGUUUAAAUAAAAUCCCUACACGCGUGUCGAAUCGGGGAGCCUUUUCGAUUGCUACGCUGAAAAUAACUGUAUUAACGAUAGUGUAGCGAUUUUAAGGAAGCCAGGAUUAUACAAACCCAAAGCUCGGGAAACAUUGCAGGGAUGGCACCAGCUUUCCCAUAACCCUCAUUAUGAUUAAUUUUCCCCGACAGACCGUGACUCCCCGCGGACGGGGCCUUGCCUCCCCUGACAGAGCUGGGCCCUGGUUUAGCCGGCCCACCCGCUGGUGGCACCCCCAGCCUUGGCCACAUAACACUACUGAUGUUGUUAUCAAUUGGGGGAAGCCUGGCGGAUAGAAAUUCAUCGCGGGGGCAUUAGUCUAAGGCUGCAAUACACUACUAUAGCAUUCAUUUAAAAAAAUAAAUUAUUUAGUCGUUCAUUGUAUCUAAACAGCGAAUAGAAUUAGAUUAGGCCUGCUAGCCACAAGGUUGUGUAUUUCUAUGAAACAACAUAUGUUUAGGGCCAUUAUGAUUCUAUUUGCUUUAUGUAUUAUAAUAGAAAGCCUUCUUUUAACAUUUUGUUUAUGAUACAAAAUAUCACACAGUUCGGCCUCUAAUUCGAAGAAAACUCUAAUUUCCAAAACCCUAAUUAGAAACCACUUUUUUGAAGUACCAACUAACGAUCUUCAAUAUUUAAAAGCCAGGCUCCGGAGGGAAAAAAUGUGUUGAUAUGUUCAUAGAGAAAAUUUUCUAUUUUCUUUAUGAUAUGUUGUAGAACCGAAUGUUUUCCGUUGAGCCUGACUUUAACACAAACAUAAUACUCUAAUAAUUGGAUACUGAACCCUAAGACCACCCUCAUGUUUCGGGUCCCAGCGGUGGUCUCGAAGAGGUGAACUGUAUGAUAUAGGCAUAGAAAUAAUGUAGGCCUAGGUCUACAUGUAAAUAGAAGCGUCAUUCA